AUGACUGUUAAAAUAUUUACACUGCUGACAGGAUUCACAAAACUGAAGAUCCAGACUAAAGGUUCCUCUACUAAAAAACAAGUCGUUACCACUAUAACUUAUCUUCAUUCAUGGAGCAAGAUACAGGAUGAGAUUAAAGCUCGUCGUAUAUGUAUGGUGGAAUGGUGUGGUGGUUCUGAAACCAAGAAGGAAAUCCUUUCAAGGUUACAUCAAAGAGAAGAAGCAGCAGUCAAGAGGGAAAGAACCAUGGCAUAUGCCUUGUCUCAUCAGUGGAGGGCCAGCUCUAGCCAAGGCCUAGGUAAUUAUGAACUUGGCAAAGCUAGUUGGAGUUGGAGCUGGAAUGAUCGUUGGAUUGCUGCACUACCCACAUUCAAUUAUGCAUGUUCUAAGCUCUCUCUAAGAUCUAAACAUUUACCUACAGUUGAAGAUGAUAGGUACAUAUUAAAGACUUUUACCUACAUUUAGGAGAUGUAAGUAAAAGUUAAUGACUUUUACCUACACACUAUACAUGGUAGGUAAAACCUAUAAUGACAGACAAUUAGCCGUCAUUAUAUGCCCCCUCAAAGUUGAUGGAAGAAACGUCCGUAGGAUAAAGUCUAUCAUACAUUUACCUACGGAUUUUUUAUUUAUAGUGACAGUUUUUGUCCAUAGGUAUAGGUUAUUUUUCUUGUAGUAAAUGACCUUUAAAGUAAGUGGUACUGACCUAGUUGGGAUGUCUUACUUUAUUUUGAUGCUUGGCCUAUCUUUUCAAAAAAAAAAAAAAUCUUUCACCAGCCAAAGAAUAUAUGUAAAAUCGAUUUUACAUAUAUUCUUAAAUGAAUUUGAAUUUGUGCCUUCACAAGAAGCCAAGGAAGUUAGAAUCUAUAAUGGAGGAUUUCAUUGUGCAUACCAGGUAUUAUUUUUUUUCUUAUCUACCAGUCCUCUGCUUCUUUACCUAAUUAGACAUGGUUCUAUUGUUGCCCAAUAGAUAUUUAUUUGUCAUUGUAUUAGUUUUUACCGUCACUCAGUCACUUUUCCUAAAAUCAAGGCUUAUAGAAGUAUAACAUGGGGGGAUGUUAAUACAGGUUGAUCAUCAUGUUACAUAAAUGAUUGUUGGUCAGGAUCUUGUUGAAUGGCAAAUCCUUGUUGCCAUUGGAGAAGAUCUUCCGUUGAGUCAAUCACAUACCUUUAUCAGGUGAUGUUGCUUUUCAUAUCUUUAGUUUCUUCCUACCCAUUUUUCAUGUAUAAGUACAUCGGCCCAAAUUCUGUUAUAUACUCUGCAAGGUCAGAUAUGCAAAAUUAGCCUACUAAUCUAUUUAUGAUGAAUCUAAAUUUCCCCAGUUGGUUGGAAUAACUAUAAAACUUAAAUAUUAAUUUGUGGAUCUUUCUUUUUAUCAUAUUCAAAAUCUGCUAUUUUGGAAGUCCGAGUGGGGAUUGGAAUUAAAGAAGGAGACAAAGUUAGCAUGCACUAUGAUCAUAUGAUUGCUAAGCUUGUUGUGUGGGGAGAAAAUCGUGUUGCUUCCAAACAUCAGUUUGACAGCAGGAGCUCUUGUAUUGAAUUUAAAGAGAAUGUUGCUGGUUAUGUUGGAUGUAACUUUUUCCCAAACACACAUUAAAUUAAUCUUGACUAUUGCAGUCUCUAUUUGCAAAACUGAAUUUUCUCUUUUCUUAAAGGGGAUGAAAAUACUAGACAUUUUUUUUAACAUAAAAGAA